AUGUCCUCCACCUUACUCUUCCACCAUGCUCGCAUUUCUUUGUCUCGGACGGUCAUAAGGGCCUCAAUUCCAACCGCAAGAGGGCUCCUUGCUGCGACGUCGGUUUCCGGCUCCAUUUCGCGGACGCAGUUGUCAUUUCAACGCGGGUAUGCGUCCAAAAACAAGUCCAAAUCCACCGCCUCUUUCGUUCCUGGGUCUAAGCAACCCAUUACAGACGAAGCGGCGCGCGCGGAGUACGCGAAAUGUGAAACUGCUAUGCAGACUGCAGUGGACUGGUUCAGGAAAGAAUGUGCGGCGUCAGAGGCUCGGGCACUUGGCCGUGUCACCCCGGCACUGCUAUCGCCUGUCCGCGUAAAGCUGCCUGAAAAUCCGAAAGGCGCGAAGCUGGAGGAAUUGGCUACGGUUGGUGUGAGGGAUGGGUCAACGUUGUUGAUAACUUUAUUCAACGAACAUACUGUAAAACAGGUGGAAGCGGCGUUAUAUGAAUCCGGGAUUCCUGGUGUUGUCCCUCAUCGGCAGGAUAGUCGAACCAUUAAGGUUCCUAUACCAAAACCCACAGUUGAAGCUAGGAAGGAGCUCUUUGCGGCUGCAAAACGUAAAGCGGAAGAAAUCCGUGUUCAAGUCCGGAAACACCACGCAGCAAGCUUGAAACGCGGGAAAUACGAAAAACACUCUGUAGAAUUAGAUGAGUUCCAGAAACUGACGGACAGACACAUCCACGAGGUCGACAAGAUUCUUGCAGACCUACAAAAAGCAACCGGCGCAUCGAAAUAA